UCAGAAACAUUAAUCAUGUUCUAUUGGUUAAGAACAAAAAGUCUUCCUUGUGUAAUUUUAUGAAUAGUUACCUGAUCUGAAGCAUUUGCCAUGGUGCUUUCUACCUGCUGUCUGUCUCCCUUCAGCCCCACAACCUGUCUCCAGAAAAAGGUGUCUCUGCCAGUGGAGGGGGAUUUUCUGCAGAGGGUGGUGCUACCUUUGCACUCAGGUCAUUGGGAGUUAAAGAUUCUUGUGUUUUGUUGUUGCACAGUUUGUAGCGCUGAAAUUUCCUGUAAAAAUGAAGAGGGUGAGCCAGUUGAUUGGUUUAUCAUCUACAAACUGCCCAGGUACGUAAAUGGUGACAUCAGCAGUGGGGUGGAGUACAUGUACUUGGACUCAUCAAAAGAAAGCUGGGAAAUGAGUAAAUAUAUGAUUAACUCCAGCCAAGGAGCCAUAGCGAACACCCUGAACCAGCUUUACAUGGGAAAAGAGUACAAGUUCAACACUUCAGUCUAUGCACUCUAUAAUGAUGCCCCACCAGUCCUGAAAUACAUCCAACAAUAUGGACACACUAAAGGGGCACUGCUCUUUGACCACUCUCAAGGUUUCUGGCUGUCGCACAGCAUUCCCCAUUUCCCCUCCUUCCCCGAGAGAGGGUACCUUUACCCUUCUUCUGGCAAAGUCAAUGGCCAGACUGCACUGUGUGUGACCUACCAGUACCAAGAGUUUCUUCAUAUAGCUACACAGUUGGUCUACCUUUACCCACGCUUCUAUAACUGCUCUGUGCCUGCUGCAUUCUUGGCCGACCUGCCACAGCUGGCCCAGUUAUGUGCAGGCGCCAAACCGCAGCUGUCCUCAAAUAAAAGAAUGGAGCAGCUUUUUUCAGCCGGAGGGGAGAAGUUUGUCAGUUUUGUUAAAUCUGAAAACUUUGUUGAUGAUAUCUACACAGGCUGGGUGGCUCAGACCCUGGGUGCCGACCUUUUAGUGGAGUCCUGGCAGACACAAGGUCACGACCUGCCCUCCAACUGCUCGCUGCCCAAACACACCAUGAACAUUAAGAGAAUUCAGUUUCCCAGAUCAGUCCUGUUCCAUUCGCACAACGAUCACUCAAAGUGGUGCGUGUCACGACUUUAUGAGGACCAGGUGACCUGCCUGGGGGACCUAAACAGAGAGAGAGGCCAGCUGUGGCGUGGUGGCGGUCUGAUCUGUUCCUUCAACCCCUUAAUUUACAAGGCCUUCAGGGAGGUGGUGGAUUGGUACAUUGGCUGCUAAUUGAGAAAGAAAGGCAAGGCAAUUAAGAAUCAGUCUUAGACUCGGAGACAGUGGUGGCGCUAGAGAGUCUGUAUCGUUAUAUACAUUUACGGUGCGUUAUGACUGCAGAAGCAGAAGUACCAUAGAAACUCAUGUAUAAUAAGCUUUUUUAUGUCACCCUCAGUUAAUUAAAGAAAUUCUGCAGCAGUUGCCAAGUUUUUGUGUUUUAGACAAGUAAGCAAAUAAUGUAAUUUGAAUGUAAAACUGGUGAUUGAGCUGUUGAAAUGUACCAGUGUAAAAGCAAUGGCUGUGGAGAACUGCUUCUUCAAAAAAGUUCUCCCUGAAGAACAGCAGUUACUGCAUGGUAAUUAUGUGACGUGGCCAGAGAGGUGGAUACACUCAUUCCUUGGCUCCACCUUUGUUCAGAGGUUUGGCUCUGUUGUGUUUGAGUUAAAGUAGCUGUGUGCAAGCACCAGCCCACAAGUAUAAAUAGAUUUUUUUUUUAAAUUAAAUUCAUUCACACUAAACAGAAAUAAUUUUAGUAGAUAUAUAGAUCACAGCCACACAUUUUUUCAAGAGACACUAUUAGCGCUAUUGAUAAGGAAUUUCUCAUUUUCUUCAUUUAAUUUUUUUCUGUUUUUGAGUGAUAUAAGCUAUGCAGUAAAGAUGAGGAACCUUAUAUGGUAGUAUGAUUAGCAACAUAAAAAUGAGAAAUUUUGAAAAAAAAUUCACAAAAGUAUAUUUGGCCUCACAUGAGAGCUUCAGCGGUGGCGCAAUAUUAAAUUCAGAUCUGAUGCUCAGUGUGAAUGAAGCGCAUGCACUCUAACAACAUCUAGUCUGUAUCUUUUUUAAUAUUCUAUUUUGUUUUAUGUGGGUGGAGGCUGCCAGUGAAGUUGUCAUUAUCAUGUUUGUUCAGUUUCUACUUCCAUGGAAGAGGCACUGGGCCUGUAACUGAUGUGCUGUAUUUAGUGUUUGGGGUAAAUGGUGUCACCUACUGGCCAGACAAGUAGACUCCUACAAUGUUUUUCAGUGGAUAAUUUGACUAACUACAGUAUACUGCUCUUUAUAUUUAGAUCAUUAUUGCAUUCUUGAUUCAAAGUUUCCUAGCACAAACCACAAAUGUUG